AGCUAUCAUAAAAAAAUAAAAGAAAGAUUUGUUAAUCUCAACAAAUAAGAACAAUUUUCAGAAAAUCUUGUAUUUUAUAAUUAUAAAAUGAUUUUAAAAAGUGUAGCAUCUCCUAGCAUUUUUCAUAAGGUUAGACAGUUAGAAUCAUUUUCUAAAACUACACUUUUUGCAAAUUCCUGUAAAUUGUUACAAUUUACUAGAAAAUCUUCUAAUUUUGCCAUUUUUAAGCAAUGUUUAAAUUCUAGUCUGAAUAAAAAUGAAAGACAAUUAUUGAAGCUUCCAAAUACCAUCAUUCUAAAUACAGAAAUAACUCGCAAAACAAGUACAACUGUAAGUGAUCAUGUACGAAUGUGGAUUUUAGAAAAAAUUGCUUCAGCAGCACUUCCAAUUAUAAUACCUGUUGCUUUAACGAUGGAAAAUGUUAUUUGUGAUGGUAUAAUGUCCUUAAUAAUUAUAAUACAUAUGCAUUGGGGUCUGGAAGCUAUUAUUACAGAUUAUGCACGUCCUAGAGUUGUUGGACCACUAUUACCAAGACUUUUGCAUCUUUCAUUGAUUUUCCUCUCAGCAAUUACAUUAUGUGGAUUAUUUUUACUUAUAAAUAAUGGUCCUGGUGUUUCAAAAGCUAUUAAAGAAGCUUGGGCUAUUGGCAAAGAAUCACCUCCUAAUGAUGAUUCCAAUUCUAAUGAAUAAUUUUUUAAUAUAUUAUUAGACAACUUAGAUAUUUAGAGAAUUUAAUUUCUUGUAAAUUAUUCAGAAAUAAAUUAUAUAACUUUAAUUGA